CCUUUCCUGGAGCCUCCGUGCACCAGGGUUCCAGAUGGCGUUUGGUGUUUUCCUCUGGCGUCAGAGAUGUGUGCCUCAAGUAUACCUGAGGCCAGUUGACCAUUAUUGAAUUUCUAGUUUUACUUCUUGUUUUUUUUUUUUUUUCAUGAGUUUUUGCAUGUGGCCACGAACUGAGAAAGUGUCAAGAGACUUCUUUGAUUUGCUAAUUAAUUGCAUUUAAGACCCAACCUGGUUUGGAAUGUUUUUAUUUGAAACAAGUGCAUGUAUAUCAUGCUGUCAACAAAUUUACCCUGCAGAAAUCGCCAGUUAACUCAUUUUCAUGGCUCUGUAGGAGUAGUCUUUUUUGGACAAUCCCCUUCCUGUGAAUAAUGACUUUCCAUUCUCCAACACACAGGGUAAUAUUCUAGAGUCUCAUUAUUGUAGUUUCAGAUAAAGAUCCAUUCUUCAAUUUCCUUGACACAAUGGUUUCUAUUCCACGAGCAUAGAUUGGAGCAAUUUUGAGUUGCAGGUCAGCAUGGGUUUUGUAUGUCAUUUGAAGAGGUAGCAUUUCUUUCUCUCUCUCUCUCUCUCUCUCUCUCUCUCUCUCUCUGUCUCUCUCUCUCUCUCUCUCUCUCUUUAUUUUUUUUUUUUGUCCCCUAAUGGGCUGGAGAGUAAAACAUUCUAAGCUUCACAGAGAAAAAUGUUUGCCACAGAACCAUAGAACCUUUGACCAUGUAGCAUGAAUGGAGCCAUAAGUGAUCUGACAAAACCAUUAACCGAAACAGAGAAUAAACCAGAUUGGGCUGAUAAUGUACUUUCUUUUACAGCCCUCUUCUUUGACCUUUUGUGAACACUCAUUAUUCAGCUGUACCUUGAACUUAUUUCUUUUGGCCUAAGGUAUUUUGUCAUCCUAAUUUGUUUUUAAGUGCCUUUAUUUUCAGUACAAGAUAAUCACGAUCUCCCAAAAGGCUGAGAAAUUAAUGCAGAAAAUGACACAUAAUGAAGAAUGCGCCUUAUAAGGAAUGAUACACCCACACCCUGUCCUCCGUCAAUCGCACCCACUCUCAAAUGUUCCUUUAAUUUCUUUGGUGAGUAAAAGGAGCCUACAUUACAUUACAUUAUAUUCAGCAAACUAUUUUUAACAACUUGAGAGCUGUGUUUUUACUUCCAUAGAGUUAUUUUCAUGAAUCAAGUGCAUUCUUUUCUACACACGUCUAAGUUUGGAACGGAAAGCAUCAAGUUUUCUAUUACUAUCAUUGGAAGUGUGUUUAUUGUAUUGGUGUCCUUUUCUUUCUCUCUCUCUCUCUUUCUUUCUUUCUUUCUUUCUUCCUUCUUUCUUUUUUUUCUCAGAUAUUAAACGUUCAGGAAUGAAGUCCUGUCUGCAAAUGACUAGUGGGUGGAACUUCAAUGGAACUUCCAAAUCUCUCUCACUUCUGGGGAUUUACCAGUCUAAGGUUCCUGAAUCAUCCUCCCAUACUCCCACCAUCUUCUGACCUCUGCCUAGAUAGGCACAAGAUUAUUUGAGAAAGUGUGUCGAGGGGAAGUUUCCUGACAGGAAUUUUUAAAGCUGUCUAUUAGCAGACGAGCAAGAGAGUCUUGAAUGUCAAAUGCCUGACAAACUCUUGAGACCAGCCACCAAACCACGAAAAGUGACUUUCUGAGUCUUCUCUUCGGCCCUUCUGAUGGAAGCAGAAGCAGGGAGCACCAUGGAGACUGGAAAGGGGACCAACCGAGGCAUUCGGAUUGCACUGGCCCUGUUCAUUACUGGCACCCUGGUGCUGGGCACACUGCUCUUUCUAGUGAGUCAAGGUCUCCUAAGUUUCCAAGCUAAACAGGAGUACUGCCUGAAGCCAGAAUGCAUUGAAGCCGCUGCUGCCAUCAUGAGCAAAGUAAAUCUUUCUGUGGAUCCUUGUGAGAAUUUUUUCCGGUUUGCUUGUGAUGGCUGGAUAAGCAAUAACCCAAUUCCUGAAGAUAUGCCAAGCUAUGGGGUUUAUCCUUGGCUGAGACACAAUGUUGACCUCAAGUUGAAGGCACUUCUGGAGAAAUCAGUCAGUCGAAGGCGGGACACUGAAGCUGUACAGAAAGCCAAAAUCCUUUAUUCAUCCUGCAUGAAUGAGAAAGCGAUUGAAAAAGCAGAUGCCAAACCACUGCUCCACAUCUUGAGGCAUUCACCUUUCCGCUGGCCCGUGCUUGAAGCUAAUAUUGGUCCUGAAGGGGUUUGGUCAGAGAGAAAAUUCAGUCUACUGCAAACACUGGCAACAUUCCGCGGUCAAUACAGCAAUUCUGUGUUCAUCCGUUUGUACGUGUCCCCUGACGACAAGGCAUCCAAUGAGCAUAUCUUGAAGUUGGACCAAGCAACACUCUCCCUGGCUGUGAGGGAAGACUUUCUGGAUAACACUACCGAAGCCAAAUCUUAUCGUGAUGCCCUUUACAAAUUCAUGGUGGACACUGCUGUGCUUUUAGGAGCUAAUAGCUCUCGAGCUGAACAUGACAUGAAGUCAGUGCUUAGACUGGAAAUUAAGAUAGCUGAGAUAAUGAUUCCACAUGAGAACCGAACCAGUGAGGCUAUGUAUAACAAAAUGAACAUCUCAGAGCUCAGUGCUAUGAUUCCCCAGUUUGACUGGCUGGGCUAUAUCAAGAAGGUCAUUGAUACCAGACUCUACCCACACUUGAAAGACAUUGGCCCCUCGGAGAAUGUGGUGGUGCGCGUCCCACAAUACUUUAAAGAUUUGUUUAGGAUAUUAGGUGCUGAAAGGAAGAAAACCAUUGCCAACUAUUUGGUGUGGAGAAUGGUUUAUUCCAGAAUUCCAAACCUCAGCAGGCGCUUUCAAUAUAGAUGGCUGGAAUUCUCAAGGGUAAUCCAGGGGACAACAACUCUGCUGCCUCAGUGGGACAAAUGUGUUAACUUUAUCGAAAGUGCCCUCCCUUAUGUUGUGGGGAAAAUGUUUGUGAAUGUUCACUUCCAGGAAGAUAAGAAGGAAAUGAUGGAAGAAUUGAUUGAGGGUGUUCGCUGGGCCUUCAUUGACAUGCUGGAGAAAGAAAAUGAAUGGAUGGAUGCAGGGACAAAAAGGAAAGCUCAAGAAAAGGCAAGAGCUGUUUUGGCAAAAGUUGGCUAUCCAGAGUUUAUAAUGAAUGAUACUUAUGUUAAUGAAGACCUCAAGGCAAUCAAAUUUUCAGAAUCGGACUACUUUGGCAACGUACUGCAAACCCGCAAGUAUUUAGCACAGUCUGAUUUCUUCUGGCUAAGAAAAGCUGUUCCCAAAACAGAGUGGUUUACAAACCCAACAACGGUCAAUGCCUUUUACAGUGCAUCUACCAACCAGAUACGAUUUCCUGCUGGAGAGCUGCAGAAGCCUUUCUUUUGGGGAACAGAAUACCCUCGAUCUCUGAGUUACGGUGCUAUAGGAGUAAUUGUGGGGCACGAAUUUACACAUGGAUUUGAUAAUAAUGGUAGAAAAUAUGAUAAAAAUGGAAACCUUGAUCCGUGGUGGUCUGUGGACUCUGAAGAAAAGUUUAAGGAAAAAACAAAAUGCAUGAUUAACCAGUAUAGCAACUAUUAUUGGAAGAAAGCCGGCUUAAAUGUGAAGGGGAAAAGGACCUUGGGAGAAAAUAUUGCUGAUAAUGGAGGUCUUCGAGAAGCUUUUAGGGCUUACAGGAAAUGGAUAAAUGAUAGAAGACAGGGAGUUGAAGAGCCCCUCCUACCAGGCAUCACAUUCACCAACAAUCAGCUCUUCUUCCUGAGUUAUGCUCACGUGAGGUGCAAUUCCUACAGACCGGAAGCUGCCAGAGAACAAGUCCAAAUUGGUGCUCACAGUCCUCCACAAUUUAGAGUCAAUGGUGCCAUUAGCAACUUUGAAGAAUUUCAGAAAGCUUUUAACUGUCCGGCAAAUUCCACCAUGAACAGAGGUGCAGAUUCCUGCCGACUCUGGUAGCUGGAGUGCUGGUUUCUGCCAUCCUGACAGAGCUGAGGAGUGCCGGUAGAGGAGGCACUCACAUACUCAGCACCUACUGCUUUUUGCCUAUAUUUUGUCGAAGACUUUUAUUUUUAAUGCAUUUCUAUUAUUUGGGUAGAUGAUUUGCUUGGAUCUAAACAGUAUCUGUUCAAAGUCAUUGGGUUUAUAAAAGGAAUGCAAGAACUGAGGGAAAUACAUCUUUUUAAAGUAAGCCAAACCAAUGAAAACAAGUGUCAAGGCUAUUUGGUUAAACUGCUCUUGGCUGAUCUCCCCUAUCAUCCCUUUAUGUUAGCCACGGCUAGGUGGUACCUAACAUUUCAAUCUAUAGCUCUGCAGGGGGCCUGAGGAGAGUGUAUCCAUAGAAAGGAUCAGUCAAUGAAAAUUGUCACCCUCAGUGAUAAAGUUGUGUGCCCUUUGGUGUACAGUGAUUAUACAACAUUUCUUAAUUCUAAGGUGGUUAAAUUAGAAAUACGUUGGACCUUCAUUUUACAGUUUAUGAUAAAGUUUUUCUCUUCAGGUUUGGAGUCUAUUGGACAAUUAUCUCAGAACUUUCUUCAGAUGUAGCUAACUGCCCUGUUUAAGUAAUCAUGAACAAAGAUGGCAUACAGUCAAUUUGGUAAAGGAUUUGGGUCUAUAAAAUAGGGAAAAAGAACACAUCUUUAACUGCCAGCAGUAUUAAAAACUAUUAACCACCACAAUAACAACUAAUCACACAACAAUAAAGAUAAUAGGAAAUGAAAUCUGCAAACGUUGAUCCAGUCCCUCCAUACAUCAGUGGACAUCUAUCUGACGGAUAACAAUCAUGGAGCAGUUCUGAUUUUGUUUUGUUCUGCUCAGAUAUCCUGACUGAACUGAGUAGAUAUUGAGGAAAUAAUAUUCCGUUUCCAUGUCAGGAACAUAUGGUUUUCAUUUCCUUUCAGCAUGAUGAUAUAAUCACCACACUGAGGAUGGAGUAAAAAGCCUCUUCCUUCUCAGCCACUUUAUGUUACCUCUCCUUAAAAGAAAAUUUUUGCAAAAGUUUCUAGAAAGAAAGCAUUUUGGUAUAUAUGAAUCCAAUUUAAGCAAUCCUGUCUAGAUCUAAAGGACAUAACUUUACUCUUCAAGUCUUAUGAAGGGUUUAAUUUUUCUAAAAACAGUACUGUAUUUUGAUCUUUAGAGCAUUAUUUUUGUAAUCAUCACCUAUAGUGUUAAUUAAUUAACAGUAUUAGUGUGUAUUUAUGUAGGAUAACUGUUAUCACAUUUAAGAGUGUAUGUAGGAUAAAAUUAUAAUGGCAUUGAAGUGGUGAGUAUUUCCUGUUUUUUUCUAUUGUUUUAAAAAUUAGUAUAGCCAUUUUUCUACCCCCCCAUUACAUAAUUCAUUAUACAUGGGGUGCUGGGUUAAGUGGGCCAAUAGAAAAACUUCAAAAGCAAAAUGACAAAAUCAGAUGAACCACAGGACUUCAUUUUGCAUCCUUGUGACUUGUCAUUCUUUUGCAAAAAAAAAAAAAAAAAGUAAGUGUGAACCAUAUCCUUUUGUAACCAUGGGAACUUCCAAAGAGAGAAAAAUGGAAGGGCACCAUCAUGAGGAAAACAAUUACACUGCAUUAGUCUGAGGAGAGUGAUUUUCCCCUUGACUUCCUCCUCUCCGAAUGGAUACACUUCUGAAGGGCAGCAGCCUUUUCCUCCGCUUAACCAUGGUUUAAUGUGACCUUGGUUUGUAUUUCUAAUAACAAACAGCAUUAUGUGAGAUGUUAGAAAUAUGUGUGCCUUUUCUCUGGUGUAACCAUUCUGAUUUGAUAAUCCUCAUUUUACUCCUGAACACUGAAGUUUGCUAUGCUUAUAUAAAUAGUGGGUUCCUUCUAGGUUUCCUUUUUUAACAAUUCCAAAGAAACACAUUCCUGCAGGUCAGAGAGAGUGUUUGAUAAAACUACAGACUUAUGACUUUGGAAAUGGUAUUGGUUUAUUGGUUAAGGACAGCUGGUUAGUGAUCAGUUAGAGUUCUCCCAGUUUCUGGAUGACAAGAUUAGUAACUAAGUAUCUUGAUCAACUUAAGAUUUUCAAGAGAUACUAAAUUCUUCUUGUAGCCACAUACAUCUUCUACAAGUACUAACUUUUUAAGUGUUUCUGUUAAACCUUUCAAAUCACAAUACUGUUCUCUGUGUGACUUGGUUUCUUAAAGAGACACCGAUUAAAUGAUAGAGAAGGUCAGACAUGAGUGGAGGAAUGGAAGUGUGGCAAGCAGGGGGAGCUGGCCUAAGGAAACAAGACAGGAUCUUGGUCCUCCUUGAUGUACAUGUUCACUGGAGGAAAGUCAGAAAGUUUUUAAAAAUAAUUAUGGUAAAUCAAAAGGAAAUUAAAUAUUGGAUCUCAGACUAGGGCUGCAGCAACACACUGCUCUGACUCAUAUAACAGCUGUUCUGCAAGUGGAUUAUUAACUGGGCCUUUGAAGGAGUUUUUAGUUCUUUUUAAUGUGUGGGAAAUUCUCUUUCGUGAGUCAGAGAUUUGGUAUAUCUAAAGCUGUGUUGUUUGGCCUUACUACCAUUGUCCAAAGUUUGCUGAGUUUUUCACUAAGCAUAGGCCUCCUAUUCCUGACUCACUCCCUUUUAUGAGAUGGAUUGGUACACGACUGCUGUAAAAUGAGAAUUCAUAAAUUAUCCCUGAGCUUAUUUAGUGCCUUACCUCAAUGGAGCUUAAAGCAUAGCCCAUAAAUUUUAUCUUAUUUAGCCCUGGAGCAUCACUAAGACGAAACUAGGAACCAAGGCUCACCAGACAGAGGGUGCUCAUGCCAAGAGGAAUGGGAAGGCUUAGAAUUGCUUAUCAAAUAUCUCAGAGCAUGGGAAGACAGGUUUUGUGCUUUGGGCUACUGACCUUUGAAUUAACUUGCAUCUCUUAGAAGAUCUUCUUUUCUGAUAUGUUUAUUCCACCAGUAUUUCUAAAGUUACUUAUCAUUUGGUAGCCACUGCCUUUGAUAUUUUUUAACAUAAUGUCACAGUACACCUUAAAUUAUGGAAAACUGCAUGAUUGUUUCAUGUAAUAACAUCUUUAUCACUAGUGGCAGUGCCUUACUGGUUUUAAGAAAGAUGUCCUUGGAUUUGCAGUUUAAAAACAAUCUAUGUUGCUACUAUCAGACUGGUUUGGUUGUGAUUUUUUUCCUUUGUGAAACAAGGACAAUCAUCAUUUUAAGGACAAUAAAACAUUUGUUGAAGGUU